CAGUCUCUCACUUACAUUCCCUUCUCGCCCUCUGCGUCCAUUCCCUGCUCGCUCUUCACAAUGCAGUACCUCACCUUCGUCUCGCUCGCUCUCGCCAUUGCUGGCGCUCAGGCUGCCCCGAUGGAGCGCCGCUCUUUUGCGCCGCCCUCGAGCGCGUCUGGCAGCGUUGCCUCGUCGGCGGCCUCAUCUGCGCCGGCAUCGUCGGGUGUCAGCUCGGCUCUUCCGUCUGGCUCUGCUUCGGGCUUUCCGUCCAGCGCUCCCUCUGGAGGCUUCCCUAGUGGCGGCCCGUCUGGCGGCUUCCCUAGCGGUGGCCCGUCUGGUGGCUUCCCUUCGGGUGGUCCGUCUGGCGGCCCCUCAGGCGGCUUCCCCUCUGGCUCUGCCCCGCCCUCGGGUUUCCCCACCGACCUUCCGUCUGGCUUCCCCACUGAGCUUCCUUCCGGCUUCCCCACCCAGCUCCCUUCGGGCUUCCCCACCGGUCUCCCGUCCGGCGGCGGUUUCCCCUCGGGGAGCGGUGGCUUCCCCUCGGGCAGCGGCGCCCCGCCCGUGAGCUUCCCCGCCGAGCCCAGCGCGACGUCGCCCCCGGGGCAGUGGAAGCGCCAGGACGAGCUCUCCCUGCCGUUCUCCCUUCCCUUCUCCCUCCCGAGCGACUUCUCCCUGCCGUUCUCGCUCCCGACGGACUUCUCGCUCCCGUUCUCGCUGCCGUUCACCCUCCCGGGCGACGCGCAGCCGACGGGCAGCGCGGGUGGCUUCCCCAGCGGUGGCCCGAGCGGUGGCUUCCCAAGUGGUGGCCCGAGUGGCGGGUUCCCGUCUGGUGGCCCCUCUGGCGGCUUCCCUAGCGGCGGCCCCUCCGGCGGCUUCCCAUCUGGGGGUCCGUCUGGCGGCUUCCCUUCUGGCGGUCCCUCUGGUGGCUUCCCCACUGGCAGCGCGCCCAGCGGCGGCUUCCCCACCGGUAGCGCUCCUGGUGGUGGUUUCCCGAGCGGCAGCGGCCCCAGCGGUGGCUUCCCUACUGGCGGCUUCCCCUCGGGCAGCGCCUCUGGCUCCUCCUUCCCCACGACCGCGCCCGCCUCCGGCUUCCCGUCCAGUGCUGCGUCCUCCGGCGUCCCGUCCUCCGGCGUAGCGUCGUCUGCUCUUCCCAGCGGCAGCGCGUCCGGCUCGUCCUUCCCGUCCUCGGCCGCCUCGAGCGGCUCGUCCGUCCCCACGUCCGCCGCCAGCGCCUCCGCGUCCGCGUCUGGAUCCGCCGGCCCCAGCGGCAGCGAGGGCGCGUCCUUCUCGUACCCCACCUCCAGCGCGUCUGCGUCCGCCAGCGCCAGCGCCAGCUCGGCGUUCUAAAGGAGUGCACUCGUACUUAGUGGUACAUUCGUACUCAAGGAGUACACUCGUACUCAAGGAGUAGAUGAAGGCAUCGAUGGGCUUCCGGUGCUGUGGACCGAUGACUGAAGGCUAUGCGGCGCGGCGCGUGCAUUGUUGAUUAACAGUACUGAAUGCCUACGUACCAUCCUCUACGUACUUCUCGACGCAUGGCUAACUUAUACGCUUUGUCGCGCUAAAUUAUUCGAACAACUGUUGCUUGUUGCUUCUGC